AUGGGUCUUCGAGGCAAAAGUGUUGCUGUGGUCGAGAGUGGAAGCGACCAACCAAAGAACUAUGAGCACUUUGCUAAUCAUCGUGUAGCACACAUCAUACAGGCAUGUUAUAAUCAUGAGAAUAAUUCAAACUGGGAUUGUGGAAUAGCAUGUAUUGCCAUGGUUUUGCAAGGUCUAGGCAUACGAUGUAGUCUACGCAGCCUUGCUGAGCAAUGUGCUGUCGAAAGUGUCUGGACCAUCGAUCUCGCAGUUCUUUUGCGUAACAAUUACGAAGGAGACUUUACAUACUACACAAGCUAUUUUGGAAGUCGUCGAGAACAUCAAGAAAACAAGUUCUAUCAAGAUGAUUUUGACGAAGACGAAAGACGUGUAAAUAAGCUGUUUGGGUCCGCGAAAAGCAAAUCCAUUCAUGUAGUGCGAAUGAUGCUACCUAUGGAUGACUUUAAGCGCUUUCUUUACUGCCAGCGCUUUGUAAUCGUUGUGUUAGUAAAUGCCCGUUUGUUAAAGUGCCAGAAAUGCAGGGAGCAGCGAAACUGUGUUGUGACUGUAUGUGGCCAAUUUGACUUCUUUUUUGAAAAGAUGAAGGGAUAUGAUUACAUAGGCCAUUUUAUAUGUUUGAUUGGCUAUGACCCUACAGAAAACCUGUUUAUUUAUCGCGAUCCAGCAGUUGUAUAUAGCUACUGCACCAUAUCUGCCGAAGAUCUUGACAAUGCUAGAAAGGCAAGCGGAACAGACCAUGAUUGUAUCGUUAUCCAGAUAUAAUAUUACUCUUACAGUGCUUCAAGGGUGACCAGGGAUUCUUCUUCUUCUUCUUUUUUUUUGGCUAAUUGAUAUCAUGACUGAGGAACUUCCUGCUUGGAUUUGGUAAAUAAGUCGCUCGAUAUGGAUCAGAAUAUGUGGUACACCUCGGCAUUAGUACAUCACGCAUUGAAAUGAGGCCCAAAGCGCAUUUGAUUGUUACUAUUAUUAUUACUAUUAUCUGCAGAUUUACAUGACAAAGUAAGGGAGGAAUAUCGAGUCCAGACACGUACAUAUUGCCUUGUUCAACUGGCAAUAUAAUCUAGCUCACCAUCAUUAUAGCAUUUCAAGUAGCAACAGCACAAUUCUUUAUACAAUUAUCAAACAUGUACAUAUAACCCAAGCAUAAUAUAUUAUACAUACACAAAUACAUACAUACAUACAUAUAUAAAUAUUU